AGAGCGGUCGUGCCCUCGCUGGCACAGUGUGUUCCUUUCCUUGCCUGCAGCGUGCUAAGAAUGUGUGUCAGCGUGCAUCUCUGGGAGGUUCUACUCCAUGUGUUUCUAAUGUCAAAUCCGCCAGGAAAAGCGGAAAGCCCUUGUGCUGAGCCCCCAGUAACAGCUCUCCUGUCUCUCUUUGAUUUGCAGAACAAUCAAGUUCUUGGGAUUGGAAGUGGUUCCACGAUAGUCCACGCGGUGCAUCGAUUAGCCGAGCGGGUUAAAGAGGAGAACCUGACAAUUGUCUGCAUCCCUACGUCUUUCCAGGCCCGUCAGCUGAUCCUGCAGAAUGGCUUAACACUAAGUGACUUGGACCGACAUCCAGAGCUCGACGUUGCCAUCGAUGGAGCAGAUGAAGUGGACUCUGACCUCAACCUUAUCAAAGGUGGCGGUGGCUGCUUGACACAAGAGAAGAUAGUUGCAGGAUAUGCAAAAUGCUUCAUUGUUAUUGCUGAUUACAGGAAAAAAUCAGAGAGCCUCGGGGAGCAGUGGAAGAAGGGAAUUCCUAUUGAAGUCAUCCCCAUGGCUUACGUCCCUGUCACCAGAGCCCUGACCAAAAACUUCGGAGGUGCUGCGGAGCUGCGGAUGGCUGUUAGCAAAGCAGGUCCUGUGGUUACAGACAACGGGAACUUCAUCCUGGACUGGAAGUUUGACAAGGUUCACGAAUGGGGUGAAGUGAACACUGCCAUAAAAAUGAUACCAGGCGUGGUGGAGACGGGACUCUUCAUCGACAUGGCAGAGGUGGUGUACUUCGGCAUGGAGGACGGCUCGGUCAGCGUGCGGGAGAAGCAGCCCCGCUGAGGGCCCUCUCCAGCCACUUUGAUUCCCCUGCUGUAACGGUGCCAACUUGACGUCUUGCCUUAAAUGAGCAGCGGUUGUUGCAGAGGACGGAUGAUGGGAAGUUGGGCAGAAUCCGCUGACGUGAUGCUGAAUGUCUUC